AGUAGCGUCUCGUUUUAUCCGGUGAAGUGCAUUUAUUAAGAAGAUAACUUUUAGCGCCGUCGAACAUGGAUUCUACAAAUAAUGAUGAACUUACUCAUGCAGAAAACGAAUUAUAUGAUAGGCAAAUACGAUUAUGGGGCUUGGAUUCACAAAAAAGGUUACGUUCUGCAAAAGUUCUUAUAUCUGGACUGAAUGGAUUUGGAGCGGAAGUUACAAAAAAUAUUAUACUAUCUGGUGUACAUUCUGUUAAAUUACAUGACGAUAAGGUCGUAACUGAAGAAGAAAUUUGUGCACAAUUCUUGGUGCCAAGAUCUGCAUUGGGAUUAAAUCGUGCUGAAGCUUCAAUAGAACGGGCAAGAGUAUUGAACCCGAUGGUAGAAAUUUCUUCUGACGUAGAGCCACUUUCUGAAAAAAAUGCAGAAUUUUUUACACAAUUUGAUGUAGUUGUUGUAAGUGAUGCAUUAAAUUCCGAAUUGCUUAGAAUUAAUAAUAUAUGUAACGAACAUGGUAUAAAAUUUUUUGUGGGAGAAGUAUGGGGAAUGUAUGGAUUUUGUUUUACAGAUCUACAACAUCAUACUUAUGUCGAGGAUGUAAUGAAACAUAAAGUAGUAUCUAAACCAAACGAAAAGGUCAAAACGGAGUUGGUAGCUACAACUGUCCAACGAACCAUGGACUUUCCUUCAUAUUCUGCAGUGCUAGAUUUCGAUUUAGCUUCUAAAUCUUAUCAAAAGAAGUUAAAAAGAACUGGACCUGCUUUUCCUUUAGUUCGCGUUUUACAGAAGUUUCGUGAAACGUAUGGUCGCGAUCCAAGUUAUAAAAGUCGUGAAGAGGAUAUUAAAAAACUUGAGCAAAUACGCAACGAAAAUAUUGGUGAAGAGGUUAUUCCUUCAGACUGCUUUGAGGAUGUCUUUGGCCAAGUGUCACCAGCUGCUGCAGUAGUUGGAGGUGAGUUAGCGCAAGAAGUCAUUAAGGUAAUAUCUAAAAAGGAAGCUCCGCACUGCAAUGUAUUUUUAUUUGACCCAAAUAAAUGCUGUGGAUUUAUUGAAACUAUUGGUGUAAUAUAAAUCGCGAUAUACAGUAAAUAAAGAGUCAUAC